AUGGAAGAAGACGAGCCCUUCACGUUGGAAGAGGUUGGAUCCCCAACUUCAAGCAGUUCAGAGUCUAUGGCCGAUGUUCGAGUUCGGAGAACGCCCGGGCCAAUUCUCAGGACACUGCGACGACUGAGGGUGAGUUACAUUGAGAUAUUGUGGUUUAGGUAACAUUUCUUUCACGUUGGGUACCUUCUUUUAUGAGAAAAUUAAUGCCUAAAGUCGUAAAAGUUGAUUGUUUUUGUAAUUUUAAAGGUAAUGACGGCUUUUGAUGGUUUCUUUUGUAAAAACUACUCAUUUAGGUGUAGGAGGCAUUGUCAUAGCUUUCGAAAUCUAAUAAUAACUAUCUUAUAGUAUUUUCAAAUCACAAUAUCUAUUUAAUUUCGAAAAUACAAUGUUUUAGAAGCAUAAACUUUGACAUUCUUGGGUAUUACUCUAGGUUUGUCUUUACCAUGAAGCAAUCAACAAAAAGUAACGGAAAAACAAUCAACGAGAGUGUCAUAAAGGAGAUGACUUACAUGUUGUUGUAGGUAUAUCCAUUUCUCUGCGCUGCCCUGAAUAAAUAAAGCUUACGGCGAUUCUUUUUUAUGACAGCCGGCUGCCCCCUCCCCUCGGUCGCUACCCUUAAUUCUAUUUUCGAAGGUAUAUGACGUUCAAGAUACCAUUUAGUUGUAGGAUGUUACGUAGUAAAGCUAUUACUCUGCUUAGUAAAAGCCGGGGUAUUCAAAUCUCACGGUGUUUAGAGGCCGUAUGUUUACUUUACUGUAACUUGUUAUGUUAAUGUGGUUGUUUGGUAGUUUAUUAUACGUUUGUUGAGGUCAUUUGUAAUAUAUUUUUGAAAUUUAAAGUAAGUUAACUGUAAAAUGUAAAAGGAUAGAGUAAAUAUGAAAUAAGGGAUCAUGUUGUAGUUAAUAUUCAGAAUAGGAGAUCCAAGAUAAACAUACGACCAUGUGGGUGGUACGUUAGGGCUGUUAUGUUAUGCAUAGGGCCAUUAGUUACUCGAGCUACCAUUUAUGAGGCUUAUAUGACUUUUUAUGACAUUUUAAAAUAUUUUUUUGUCAAAAAAGUAACCAUUUAAUUCCGCCAAUCGUAUUUUAUGGAUUUUUAAAAAUUAGGUAAUAAAUAUUUGAAAGUUUUUAAAUUUCAAACUUUAUAUCCUUUAAACCUUUUACAUUGUAAAAGAUAAUAUAUGCAAUUUUGCAUAUAAUUUUGAGCCAUUCAAUUUGAAUUUGGAAAAAGGGUUUGAAACGAUUUGUCAUAACAGUUAGAACCCCUAAUCCCUUGAUUUGACGCGAUCCGCUUUGACAGUGGACGAGUGACCUUUACCAUGCAAUUGACAGUCGUAUUAUGCAAGUUAUCAAGCUGGGAGGGGUAGCCACCGGCCGGGGGGAUGAAAGGGAGGGGUAGUCUUUUGUCUCGGUCUUUCGCCGUUCCGACCCCCCCCCCUCUACCUGCAAUCAGUCACGCAGUAGUUUACUUUCAGUUCGGUCGACUCUUCGGUGAACAGUCCAUCGCCACUCUGGAGGAGAUCGAUCUCGGCGACCGACGUGGCCUCAUUGCCAUGACCGACUACACCAAGAGCCCCACCAACGCUGACAUCGCCGGGCCCGGCGCUUCCCAUCUGCGGGUGAGUAACACUACCUUUACAUUACACUGCCUGAAGGUCAGUUUGAGCGAAAAACAAUGUCUUAACAGGCUUGAAGUUUCGAAAAUUAAGGGUUCAGAUUAUCAAGAAAGCUACUGAUCACUUGAUAUAG